AUGGACCAGGCGAGUAGUCCAACUGUCAGCUCAGGUCAUGGCGAAGCUACUAAGAAACCACUACCUGAUGCCGUGAAGAAAUACCGUGAACGUCUGUGUGCUGCCUACAGCAAUGUGCAGUUCUGCAUAGAGGAGACUGAUGAAGAGAAGGAACGAAUCUUGCAAAUGGACGAGCUUUAUGCUGACCUCCAUGUAGUGUCCAAGCAGAAGUUAAAUGCCAGGAUGCGCGAAGCAGAGAAACUUGGCACAACUGCGGGCAAUGAGCGGCUAGCUCAUUCAUUUGCGUCUGAAGCUAGGAAGCUGCGCAAGAUGAAGCUUACCGAGAUUCUCAAUGUCAAGAAAGCCAUGCGACAACGCAUGCGUGGAAACACUUUCCGUGCAAUUGCCCUCUCAUCGGCUGGAGCAGGCAAAACCAUGCUCUUCACCAAGAAAGGUCCGUUUGAAUGGGCAAGAGGGCAGAUUUGGCCUAGCAUCGUUGUCCUGCGUGCACUGGAGCUGCGCUUAGCAGAAGUGCGCAAUAUCACAAGCAUCGCUGAACUGCUGGAUUUGGAGAAUUUCGGCAUCACACUACCAGGUGAGCAGGCUGAAGUCAUUGAUUUUGUUUGCAAUCAUCCCGAAUCUGUCUGUAUUAUUCUCGACGGCCUCGACGAGAUCAAGCUGGCUGAUUGCAGCACGUUCAUAUACAACGUCAUCUGUGGCAAAAAAUUGCCGGGGAUCAACCUGAUCAUCACGUCACGCCAUUCAGCAGAAGCCAUGAAGCUGACACAAAACCGAGACAUAGUCUUCCAUCGUCGUGUGGAGCUGCUAGGCUUUGAGAAGCAAGGUUUGGAGCACUACAUUCGCAAUGUCCUGUCUCCGAAAGAUGCAACCAGCUUGCUAGCAGAGCUCAACACCAACCCGCAGCUGGCCACAAUGAUGCGUACACCGUUUUUUGCUCAAGCAACGUGCGGCCUCUACCGACACAAGCACAGUCUGCCGAACACGCCGGGUACAAUCUUCAACUCGCUAAUUCUUCAUCUACUGAAUCAGCGAGAAGGAAAGCUGCUCAGCGAUGGUGAGCAACACACCAAUUGGGACGAUGUUCCCGACGACGUCCAGGAAAAUCUACUUGAUCUCUCCCGGUUCGCUUUUCACAUGCUCAUCCGUCGCAAAGUCAUCUUCACGGAUGCCGAUUUCAAGAUGUUUUCACUGUCAUCAGCAGCUCGCACACUUGGCAUGCUCAUCGCCUGCGACAAGGCAUCACCUCUGUCCAGGGCUCAGUGGCGUUUCAGUCACCUAGCACUUCAGGAAGCUCUAGCAGCUCGCUACAUCGCUAGCCGCUCUCCCAGUGCAGCUGACGUCGCGUGGCUUGUGCAGCGACUCGGAGCAUUCACAGGCAGCCUCAACAUGUUCUGGCGCUUACUGGCCACUGAGCUGGACAGUGAGUCGGUCAAUGUGUUGAUCGAAGCCAUUCUCAAUCCGCAGUCCACAUCGUCUACUCAGCCACAGGAUACCGACCAGCAUUCCACAGGAGCAGAGGGGCACAACGUCACGUGCUUUCUCUUCACAACACACGACUACGUCAAGGAUUGGGCCGACCAUGUGUCCUCCUUUCUCUCGCUGGACGAAGCAGAGCAUCUUGCAGAAGAAUUGCUGGAUGGCAGGAUCGAUCUGGCAUUGUCUGCUCCUGAAGUGGUCCGCCUCGAAAUUGACCCAGCCGUCACCAAAAUCACCUGCAAGGAUUUCGUUCGUUCAUUGCUACCCAUAUGGACUGAUCGCGAUCCCAGUGCCAGUACACAGAAGCUGCACGAUUCUACCCCAGUUCCUCCAUCCGACGAACCAGCGCAGCCAUCCGCGACUCUGGAGAACGUCAGUGACGCGGAACGAAGACAACGAGUCCUCUACGCCUGCCGGGUCUUCGCGGAGCACGCCGACGCCAAGCAAACCAGCAUCGAAGACAUCGACAGCAUGCAGGCUAUCUUCACGGAGUACGGAGUAGAUUUCGACGACGUUCCUCUCACACCGGCGGAUUGUCAGGCUAUCAACACAGUCAUCCGUCACCACCACCAGUUCAUCACCAGCAUCCGCCUGUACAACUGUGGUAUAGGUGAUACUGGUUAUGCAUGCAUGGCUGAUGGCAUGGCUCUACUACGCAAUCUUGAGCUCAUUGACCUGCAGGGGAACAACCUCACAGAUCGUCACACGGCCCAUAUCGCAGCGUGUAUCGCAUCCAACACGUCAACACUGGAGUACGUCUUCACAUCCGAUAACCUCUUCAGCAGCAAUGCUAUGGCCACCGUCCACAGCAACACACACCGCUGUACGGGACUGCUGGAAUUGAACCUUGGAGGUCUAAAGUGCACCGAUCCAGCCGUCAACCUUGACGUCAUCACUAGAAUCUGCAGCAGCUGCCCAGAUCUCCAGUUCGUCUGUCUCGAUGACUACGUACUGGAUAUGGAAGGUCUAACCCAGCUAGCACCAUUGUUAGGAGCACUGAGGCUGAAAGGGCUGUGGCUGCACAAGGUUGGGAUAAAGCAGAACUCCGCACUGAUCGUCUGUCGAAUCAUUCAACAGCAACACGAGAGUUUGGAGCUCCUCUCACUCCGGCGCAAUGAGCUAACUGGAGAUUUCCUGGAAACCGUUCAUGGUGCGCUGAGUCAAUGCCGACGACUGCAGGAGCUGUACCUGGACGACGACUGCCUUUCGUCGAGAGCUCUGCCGGUGCUUGCGUCCCUGCUGCCCAGUCUGCCAAAGCUCUACACGCUCGAAAUGCCGAGGAAUGAUUUCCGAGACGCUGACGACGAAGCAAAGCUGUUCGCCGCCGCUGCUGAGAGCUGCUCGUCUCUGAAGGAGCUGGUGAUGCCUGAAAGAGCUCUAUUGUCUCCAUGGCUGCAUGAGGUUCUAAGUGGCAUGGCCAGAGAUGAUCUGAAUGUGGAGUAUGAGCAUCUUCCCUGGCACGACGAGGUGGAGAAUGACGAAGAAGAUGAGUACGACGCUGAAGGAGAUAGUGAUGAGAGUGAUGAAUGA